AACGCAAGAAAAAAUUGAAAUGUCUGACAAACCAAAGCGUCCUCUUUCCGCAUAUAUGUUGUGGCUCAACGCUGCACGCGAGCAGAUUAAGCGCGAAAAUCCAGGCAUUAAAGUAACCGAAGUGGCGAAAAAAGGUGGAGAGUUAUGGCGUUCAAUGAAGGACAAGUCGGAAUGGGAAGCAAAGGCAGCUAAAGCCAAGGAAGAUUUUGAUGAAGCGGUGAGAGAAUUUGAGGCCCAUGGAGGCAGCUGCCGAAUUUAUAUUCAUAUAAUCAGCUGGAUUGAAAACACGUUUGCACAAAGUUUGAAGUCACUCACAUCAAAGGCAUACCACCAUCGAUUGGCUACAAGUACCGGCAUAUCUAAAUGAAUUUCUGGAACAAAGAGCUACCCGAUGAACUGAAUCAAAUUGCGAACAUUCAACGGCAACCAUAUUUGCAUGCAACCGUCUACGAUAAAGCUAAUGGGGCUAUUGCAUCACAACGCCCACGUGACGGCACUGCCACCACAAUGCACCGCACAUAUCCGUUGCAGCGGCAUGGCAUUGGUGGUGGCAGUGAAGUAAUAACCGGGCACAUGAGUCAAUUUGGCACACGUGAUAAU